AUGUCUUCCGCCGCGACUCCCCGAUUCUGGGCCGGGCCCCUUCGAUACUGCCGCUGGGCCUCCCGCGAGAAGCCCGCCUACUUCUGGUCCGUCGUCAUCGCCGCCCUUGGCCCCGUCCAGCUUGCCGUCGUCCCUCCCAUCAGGGACUUUCUCGGCGACUACAACGCACCGCCAAUCCCCGUGACGUACCCUGUCCCUGCCGGGCCCAGGAAGCAGCUGUCAGGCUACGAUGACAAAUGA